GUGUACAUGGAAUGAUUUCUAAUAUAGAUAACAAUCCUUUUUCCAUCGCCUUGGAACCACUGCAGUAUAGGCAACGGAGAGUGCAAGUAAUAUAAUGGCAAUACAUGAAGAGAACUAAAAAGCAGUGAAAGUAUAGUAACAGUAUCAGAUAAGUAAUGGAUAACAAUGAUAGUAACAAUACAAACAGUAGAAGUGGAAAUCAUAGUAGAAGUAGUGGUAGUAGUAAAAUCAGUAAAUAUGAUACGAAUUAUAGAGAAUGAAGUUAGAAGUGGUAGUUAUAUCACUGCAUUCAUUAUCCCGCCUUUUCAUAACAAACAGAAAAAAAAAACUUGAAAUAAAAAACCUGAAAAUGUUCACGAAGACUAUAACUUGACAGUGGCUGCAUGGAAGAGAAUGAAGUAAAAAUUAACCUGCGAUUUACGAUUAUAUAAUUGAAUGUUUGUCGUGGAGAUAGCGUGAAGUGAAAACAGUAUUAAUAUUUCUUCACUAUCACAAGCAGUCUUGCCUCUCGGAGUUCAAUGGAAACUGAUUCUAUGGGAAAAAGUAAGUUACAUUAUUCUUUACGCUUGAUUAGAGUAAUAUGGUGGAAAUGAAUUUGAAUAUGUCACCUGAAUCUAUCAUGAGAUACUGUGUAUACUAUGUAUGUACCUCCAUAAUUAUGUCAUUUUAUAAAUUUCAAGUAAUUUCUGCAGAUUGUUCGCAGGGUUAAGAUCAGUUUCCAGAACGACAGCCUGAUCACCUCGCUUCCUUUCGCCCCAGUUCCCUAGACUCCCAACCUCAUCAUUUCUGCUGCUCACUCAUUCCUUCAUCAUUGUUCAUCACAUGAUUUUAAUUUCUGCUUUUAUCGAGAGUGUAUGCGAGAGAGUUGUGGGUUAUGAAAGGCCAUGAGGCAGUAAAGUAUUUUUUUGCAUAUUUUUUGUAAGGAAUUAAACAUUUAAUACCCUUUACAUUCAUUUUGACGAUACUCUCGAAAGUUCCAGUUCAAAGUCAAAUGCCAUUUACUAACAAAUGUUUACUUGUAGAUUGGUGGGAAACUUCUGAGGGCAACGAAAACUUUGAGGCACCAGGUUACAACAGCAGAGGCGCAUACCCAUUCCCUCACACCAGCUGCCCUGACAGGACGUCGCUCAGCGGAGCGGACGCCGAGUGUCGGUCCGUCUGCAGGAGUGACGAAGACUGCCCCGCACUCCAGUACUGCUGCGUUAGUACUUGCGACCGUAGGUGUGUCACGCCGCAGGUGCUGGAAACAGGAGACGACUGCGGUUGUUCAGUGUCAUUUCUACCGAUGGAAUGGCCAUAUAGUCCCUCUUAUGAUUCAGGAGAAAUAAACACAAGAGUUGUCAACUUCAUAUGGCAAUCAGUGAAAGACAGUUUCUCUCCGUCAAUGGAAGUCCACCUGCUUGAUGUCAACUUUCGAGCCACCGGAAUAGGACAGGUCAAUGACCUCUGCCAGCUGGAAAACAUUUUGCAGUUCAGACUCUAUAGAAAAGAUCUUGAUUUGUUCAAAAAGCCUCACAGAAAGCUAGUUGUGAUCGGCGACAAUGUCGACUUCUUCACAAGAGUUACCGAAGCGGGCGCAUUGGGCGAGGUAUUCGAGUCGGUGUGCGCGGUGGCGGUUGGGAACGUGACGCUCAGCGACAGCCUGCUCAGCCAGUUCGCAUCCAGCGCCAGUCCAGGAGAACCUUGUGUAUGGCGGGUGGACUCUUACGAGCAACUGGGCGAUCUUCAGCCAGAAGUGCAGGCCGUAAUCGACGAUGGAAGUUGUCUUUGUCCUGGCGAAACAAAGGGUCAGGGCGCAUGCGCAGGGCCCGGCGAGAGCUGCGUGCUCGACGAGGACUGCGGUCUGAUGGGCGACUGCGUCGGCGGCGUCUGCAGGGAGCGACCGUGCCACGUCCCAGACUCCUACGACCCAAGCAGCGACAUUAAUUACGAUUACUACGUGGUAGAUUAUUAUUAUUAUUAUGAUGAUUUUGAUUAUUACUCUGGAUACGGCGCUGGCUUUUACUUUGAAUACGAUUACCAUUAUAGCGACAGUGAUUCACGUAGAACAGACCGACGGAAGAAACCGGUGAAUAAAUUUUCUCAAGAGGAUGAAUCGAAGGCUGAUAUCAAAGAACUUUCUGGACCUUUUCAAGGCUGUUGUGGCAACGGAAGGAUGAUGUGCAGCGGAGUCCCAGCGGUGUGUGUUUCCCCGGAGUCUGUUUGCGACGGAACUGUUGACUGCAUCAACGGGGACGAUGAGACGCCGGAGGCCUGCGAGAAGCGUGUGUGUGGCGAGGGAAGGUUCCAGUGCUCCAGCGGAGCAUGUGUGUCGAGGCGGAAGGUGUGUGACGGCGAGGUCGACUGUCCUGACGGAUCCGACGAAUUCUGUCGCAACUUCACCGACUGCCCCGCACCUCGGUCGCACUACUGCUCGUCCGGGGAGUGCAUCGGCCUCCACCGGAUAUGUGACGGAGAUCUAGACUGUCUGAGUGGAGAGGAUGAGCUUUCUUGCCAAUGUUUAAGCUUUAAGUGUUUGUCAGGAGAAUGUUUAAGCACAUAUGAUGAGUGUGACGGACAGCAAGACUGCAAAGACGGUUCGGACGAGCACUGUGUUCCGCCCAACGGAGAUCCAUGCCCACCGUCUCGUUCAUUUCCUUGUAGUGAUGGCAGAUGCAUUUCUGAUUCUAAUUUGUGUGAUGGUUAUGAACAAUGUGCUGAUGGCUCUGAUGAAGACCCUAAAGUCUGUGUAACGUCUGACUGUUUCACUUGCGAUUCUGGUGAAUGUAUAGCUCCUGGACUGCGCUGCGACGGAGUGGAUGACUGUGAGGAUGGUUCUGAUGAAAGCAGCUGCCAGUCCUUUGAAUGCCCUGAAGACAGCUUUCACUGCACUUCUGGGGAAUGUUUAGAUACGGACGCGGUGUGCAACGGCCGGGAAGACUGUCGAGACGGAAGUGACGAAGCGUCUUGCACAUCUGCCUCGUGCCCCGCGUCGAGGCCACUUUUUUGUUCGUCAGGAGAAUGCAUUUCUUUCUGGCAAGCGUGUAAUGGAAAUUUCGACUGCAAGGACCGCAGUGAUGAGAGUAGGUGCCCAGACAUCCCAUGUCCUCCUCACAGAGACUUCAGGUGCGCAGCUGGACAAUGUUUAGACUUUUAUUUCGAUCCUCAGUGCGAUGGCAGAGAGUCCUGUGCUGACGGCAGUGACGAAGCGAGCUGUGACUCCUUCCAGUGUCCCGAAGAUCGAUCCUACAAAUGUGAUUCAGGAGAAUGUUUGUUUGAUUUUGGUGUUGAAUGUGACGACUACAGAGACUGUAAAGAUGGAAGUGAUGAGAAUAAUUGCGAUAUAACUGGUCCCUGUCCGAAUAGUGACGACUUCCGUUGCAGUUCAGGUGAGUGUUUGUGGAUUGGCUCAAGGUGCAACGGAAGGAUAGACUGUAUUGAUGGAAGUGACGAGACUGAUUGUCAAAGUUUUACGUGUCCAGAGAAUCGGCCUUUUCAAUGUGGAUCAGGGGAAUGUUUGUAUGAAUAUGAUGUUUGUGAUGGACGGAUUGACUGCGAAGAUGGAAGUGAUGAAAUCAACUGCAAGGACCAAGAAUGCUAUAGUGAUGGGGUUAACUGUGGGUCUGGUGAAUGUAUCUACAGUUGGAGCCGAUGUGAUGGAUAUCCAGAUUGUCGAGACGACAGUGAUGAAGUCAAGUGCAAUACAUUCACGUGUCCUACCAUUCGCCCAUUCCACUGCGACUCAGGGGAGUGCCGACGUCCCUAUCAUCGGUGUGACGGCUUCGUGCAGUGUGCUGACGGAAGUGACGAAGUCAACUGCGGCAACUUCACGUGCCCAGAUAAUCGGCCCUUCAAAUGUGCUUCGGGAAUCUGCAUCACCAUCUACCAAGUAUGCAACGGACUUGAUGAUUGCAGAGACGGAAGCGAUGAAGUCGACUGUCAGGAUUUCAAGUGUCCUGAGACAACCUUCCAAUGCCCAGAGGGCAAUUGUAUUCCUUUCCGUUUUGUGUGUGAUGGGAACAGGAACUGCCUUGGAGGCGGUGAUGAAGAAGACUGUGAGAACUUCGAGGUGCAAUGUCCAAGAAAGUUUAAGUGCGGAGCUGAUAACAAAUGCCUAAGGUUGUCAUGGGUAUGCGAUGGCUUUGAAGACUGUAGUGAUGGGUCAGACGAGGAAAACUGCGAAUGAGAUGACAUACGCCGAAAAUGCUGGUGAAAAUGUUAGCGUUACAUGCAUUGUUUAGAUUGUUUGCAGUCUUUUGUUUUGAAAAACAUAGUUUACUUACUCAACACUGCUUUUAUCUGGAAUUCUCAAACAUAUAUAUAGAUAUAAUCACAAGUGAAUAUGAAUGACCUCACGCUAAAGCACUGCACAUAACAUAACAGCUCACCAAGAAAAAAUAUCCUUUGCUAUCAAACCAAACUCCUGUGUACUGAAUGAAGUAGUGUAAUAAAAAAAACUGCAAAAAAUCACCUUAGAAAUAUAAACCCUUCUAAAAAACGUAAUAAUGGAUUAUCUUGUAGUUCUUACAUUUUGUGAAAUUGAACCGUCUGUUACCUUCUCAAAUAAGUUGUAAUUUUCCCUAAUUAGAUUCAAGGCUGAUUAUUUUGUGGCCAAUAAAAAA